AUGUCUGGCAUAGAAGUAGCCGGUCUCGCUCUGGGCGCCAUGCCCCUCGCGAUUCUGGCUCUUUCCGACUACAAAAAAAUCCUUGCGCCGAUGAAAGUCUGGCGCCAUUUCGAACUUGAAAUGGAUAGCCUUAUUGAGAACUUGCAAUGUGAGUAUUUGAGGCUGCAGAGAUUUUGCGGAAAUCAUCUCGAGAGUCUGGUUUCAACCGAGCAGUGGAAACUCAUGAUCAGCGAUCCAUUUGGUUCACUCUGGAAGGAGGAAGUAGUGCAGAGAAGGAUCAAGGCACGACUCCAAACUGCCUUUAGCAGAUUUAAGCUUGCCAUGAAAGAGCUCGAAAAAGCCAUCCUCUAUAUCAAAGAAAAUCUCGGCCUCGAUGAUCAAUGGAUACGCAGGUGGACUGAGGGGUCUGCGAUUGAAAGGGAACUCAAGCGCGCAAGCUUUGUCCUCCACAAACCUGCAUACGAUGAUGCAAUUGAAAGUUUGAAGAAAAACCUCUCGACUCUGGACUCCAUGAUGAGAGACGACGUCGAAUCCGAACCCCUACAGCAAAAGCGGUACCAGGGAAGGCUAGUCGGCUUGAUUCGUCACACAUCUGGAUACGUCUACUAUGCGCUUCGAGAUAGCAUGUCCUGCAGAACUGGUUGCAGGCAUCAAGUCCACAUGGACCUCAAGCCUGAUUCCGAGGAUGCCACCCACGACCUGGACGAUGCUGAGAUGAUUGAGAAGCUUGGAUUCAAACUCGCCAUGACAUAUCGCACCGACAUGACCGAGACUGUUCCCGAGAAACCUGACCAACAAACUCUCUGGGAAGAAGUAGUUGUCAGGGCUUCCGCACCACAAGUCACUUCUAGCUUGGAGCCAAAGUCAACGCCGCCACCUCAGCCGCCUGCUCGACCUCAACGCAAGGGAGUAAGCUUUGCUUCGUUGCGAAAGCCUCCUGUCGCUAUAACUGGCGCUGAACAGCCGAGCAUCACAACAUCGUUAACAAGCACGAUGUCAACUCUGAAGCUCAGUGACGGAGCGAUGAACCUCUCCAGACAAAUCAAAGUAUGUGAAGAGCUGCGCAGAAGUCACAAGGAAGGCAUUUCGGGCACGAUAUCUCACCAAAACGCGGGGAAGUCUUGGAGUUUCACCAUAUACCCCCAGAAAUCCACAGGACCUCGACACAACAGGUCUGUCAUGUCUCUGAAGGAGUUCCUGGAGAACCCUAAACAUCCCAAAAUGCCCUUCAUGGCCAAGCUCCAUCUAGCCAAGAUGAUCUCUUCGAGUUUCCUCCAACUCCAUCAAACUCCUUGGCUACCUAAUACUCUGACAAGCCAAAAUGUCUACUUCAUUACGGAUGGCUCACAGUCUUUUCCCAACUUCAGACAAGCCUUCAUCAAAAAAGGACUUCCCGAAAAGAUUCCGCAAAAUCAUUCCCCGAAUCUUGGUGGCUCCGAUGUCAUCAACUCCCCACUUCUCUCACUUGGAAUCCUAUUACUAGAGCUCAGCCUUGGCAGUACUAUCGGUGAUUUGCGGCGUCCGGACGACUCAUCAGAUUAUUUUACCGCAGAGCGAUUGCUCCAAGAGUCUCCGGUGGACAGGAUGAGUUGUGGAGGUUAUAUGUUAGCAGCUUCGUGGUGUGUCGCGGCGGACUGGUCCCUGCCCAAGCAGGACUUUAACGAUGAGGGUUUUCGAAAAGAUGUAUACGAAGGGGUGAUCGCGCAGCUGGAAAAUGAAUUCAAGGUGAAGCCCCGUGUGAUGUAGGAACUGCGCUCAGGCGAGAAGGAAGUCAGUCCCGUGCAACAUUUCGCCGGG